UAUGAUUGGCAAUGUGUGUGCCAAGUUUGACCUCAAAAGGUCAAAUAUUAAGGUCACUAGAGUGACUAAAAACGAGACCCUGUUUUUUAGGCGAUUUGUGCGGGAUCGAGCCUGUCGUUGUGCGCGCAUGGCCUUGAGAUUCGGCGGGGUAAGGUUAUCUUGCUGCCACUGUACAUAUGUGAAUGAUUAAUGUGAGAUUUGUAUGGAGUUUUCCAUGUUGGAGAAUUGCACCCAUGAGGCAUGUUGAGAUUCUCAGAUUCUCAAAACGAAGCAAAACUCCAUCGAAUGUUCGCAUCGCAACGUACUUAAUUUUUGAAACUAUUUAAAAGCCUUGGAGUGGCUUGGUGAUGUUUAAGUUCGUAAAUGAAUUUUCAAGCAAUUUCGAUUCUUCAAAAUCUUUUUGGGAACUUGCGGACUUUUUUUUCUAACGUUUCUAACGAGUCGAACUCGUGAUGAAUGCCCUCAUUGUUUCAUUCAUUGUUUCCACCUAGCAACAUAACUUAAAAGUUUUGCUCCCGUUUCCACUGGUGUGCGAGAGGUCAAAGCGGGAAAUAAAACUUCUGUCUCCAUAAUUCGUCCUGGACUAGGGACCUACUUGGUCUUACUUCAUUCCUUACUUCACAUCACAAGGGUGCAAAUUAAGCUGACAUCCAGGACCCUUCACCCUGUCCAGAAUUCAACUUAAAUUUGUCUACCCAAAUAAGUCAACUAAAUUUGUCUAGUGUAUCGUAAGUCACUUCUCCCUAACUUAAACCCUCACAUGACGAGCAACUCUCAAGCAGAACAAGUGACAUUUAAGGCAACCGCUUUCAACGAAAAACUCUUACCUGCCCUUCAAUAAAUAGCAUUAUAUUCGCCGACUCUGAAAUUAAAUUGGGUGUAAUAAUAUGGACCCGGACCCCAAUAAUAAGAAACCUUGGACCGUGGUUGUCAAACAUCCCUCCGAAAUGGACGAGUUUGCUAAAAAGAAACUGGGUCAAAUGCAAGCUCAGUAUUCAAAAUGGGACUCGGACCCAAAAUCGGCAGAGUUCUUCAACCAAUUUAGGCUGUGCAGCAUCGUCAUUUGUGGCAACUGUAACCUUGACGAGUCGCAACUUGGGGGCGAGAAACUGAAACGAUGCUCCCGUUGCAAAAGUAUUGGAUAUUGUUCGCCUGCUUGUCAGAAGGCGCACUGGCCAAAACACCGACAAACUUGUGGCGUUCCCCUACUCUCCAAAGAAGAUCAAGCUAAGCAUAAUGACAUGAUGAUGAACGUCGGUAAAGAGUUAGCCAAACAGUUGGAUUCUGUAACCAGCGAGAAGGAAGAGAAGAACAAAUCAAACACUUCAAACAACGGGGCGAAAAAAGGGAAAAUUGUCAAUUCACCCAAACCAGUCCAUCUGACAAAAUGUGGGUCUUGUGGAAAGGACGAAGUUGAGCAGGAAGGGGGGCUGAAAAGAUGUGCCCGCUGCAAAAGUAUUCGAUACUGCUCAUUCAAUUGUCAAAAGGAAGACUGGCCAAGACACAAAAAGGUCUGCAUUGCAGCCCCGGUUGAUCUGGGGGAUGACUGUUCAUGCACCCAAUCACUGUCACCGAGGACGGCCUGAAGUUCCAGGAGAUGGAGGGCCAACCUAAGCUGGAGAGAAAGAAGGGGUCAAAUAAAAAAUAGCUGAAUAAUCCGUCCACAUGACCCGGAAUUCGACACACAAAAACUAUGAAUUAAUUAAUUAAUAACUUUUUUAAAUUAUCAAUCACUAUAAUCACCGAAGCUGCACAAUUUCAAAAUCGAAUAUGUAUGUACUCCGUCAUGUAUGAUUUUCCUCCAAUUUACGACCUGGUGAAGGUAUCUGUAAAGCUUGUCAAGAUUAAAUUCACUUUCAAAAAACA